GUCCCACUUGGCCCACUUCCGGUUCCUCUUUGCUGGGCGCGCGGUGGAUUGUCUGAAACGCAGAGUUCAGCUAUCGCUGGGACUUCGCGGCUCCAGAGCCCAGCAUGUCUUCCUCACGAGCCACCUCCACGCAGGCAACCAAAACCAAGGCACCUGAUGACUUAGUCGCUCCUCUUGUGAAGAAACCACACAUCUAUUAUGGAAGUUUGGAAGAGAAGGAGAGGGAGCGUCUGGCCAAAGGAGAGUCUGGGAUUUUGGGAAAAGAAGGACUUAAAGCAGGAAUUGAAGCAGGCAAUAUUAACAUAACCUCUGGAGAAGUGUUUGAAAUUGAAGAGCACAUCAGUGAGCGGCAGGCGGAAGUAUUAGCUGAGUUUGAGAGAAGGAAGCGAGCCCGGCAGAUCAAUGUUUCCACAGACGACUCAGAGGUCAAGGCUUGCCUUAGAGCCUUGGGGGAGCCCAUCACACUUUUUGGAGAGGGUCCUGCUGAAAGAAGGGAAAGGUUAAGAAAUAUCCUCUCAGUGGUUGGUACUGAUGCCUUAAAAAAGACCAAAAAAGAUGAUGAGAAAUCUAAGAAGUCCAGAGAAGAGUACCAUCAAACCUGGUACCAUGAAGGACCAAACACUCUGAAAGUUGCUCGACUGUGGAUUGCUAACUAUUCACUGCCCAGGGCCAUGAAACGCUUGGAAGAGGCCCGUCUCCACAAAGAGAUUCCUGAGACAACUAGGACCUCCCAGAUGCAAGAGCUGCACAAAUCUCUCCGGUCUUUGAAUAAUUUCUGCAGUCAGAUUGGGGAUGAUCGGCCUAUCUCCUACUGUCACUUUAGUCCCAAUUCCAAAAUGCUGGCCACAGCUUGUUGGAGUGGGCUUUGCAAGCUCUGGUCUGUUCCUGACUGCAACCUCCUUCACACUCUUCGAGGCCAUAACACAAACGUGGGAGCAAUUGUAUUUCAUCCAAAAUCCACUGUCUCCUUGGACCAAAAAGAUGUCAAUCUGGCUUCUUGUGCCGCAGAUGGUUCUGUGAAGCUUUGGAGCCUUGACAGUGACGAACCAGUGGCAGACAUUGAAGGCCAUACAGUGCGCGUGGCCCGUGUAAUGUGGCAUCCAUCUGGACGUUUCUUGGGCACCACCUGCUAUGACCGCUCAUGGCGCUUAUGGGAUUUGGAAGCUCAAGAGGAGAUCCUGCAUCAGGAAGGCCACAGCAUGGGUGUGUAUGACAUUGCCUUCCAUCAAGAUGGUUCUUUGGCUGGCACUGGGGGACUGGAUGCAUUUGGUCGAGUUUGGGACCUGCGCACAGGACGCUGUAUCAUGUUCCUAGAAGGGCACCUGAAGGAAAUCUACGGAAUAAAUUUCUCCCCCAAUGGCUACCAUGUUGCAACUGGCAGUGGCGACAACACCUGCAAAGUGUGGGACCUUCGACAGCGGCGCUGUGUCUAUACCAUCCCUGCCCAUCAGAACUUAGUGACUGGGGUCAAGUUUGAGCCUAUCCACGGGAAUUUCUUGCUCACUGGUGCCUAUGAUAACACAGCCAAGAUCUGGACCCACCCAGGCUGGUCCCCACUGAAGACUCUGGCUGGCCAUGAAGGCAAAGUUAUGGGCCUAGACAUUUCUUCUGAUGGACAGCUCAUAGCCACUUGCUCGUAUGACAGGACCUUCAAGCUCUGGAUGGCUGAAUAGGCAGGACCGUGGGAAAAAGACUCUCACCUCAAGCUCUCCCUUAAGAGCCAUUUUCGAAAAAGAAAUGGAUGAGUUUUGUUCUAUCAUGUUUUUUGCCAGUUGCCAUGUAUAGACCCUCGGUAGAUUGGAUUUCCCUGUCAGUCCCCACUCCAGGCAGGCAGCCCAGUCCCUGGGUGUUGGUGAACCCCUUUCGUGGUUGCAACUUUAAUUUCACCUUCAAGCCCUGCCAAGAACUGUGUGGACAUUGUUUUUAUUAAUCUUUGGUUUAAAUGCCCUGUUGCCUUCCUCACAGCACUCAGGAUUGUGACUGACUUCAUUUUUAAUUCUUGAAACUUGGCUUUCCAUUACAUGGUACAUGCUUCGGGACUACAUGUGACCUGGAGAGCAUAGUGGCUGGAUUGUAGUCUGGAAGCCCUCGAGCAAAGAGGCACGUCUCACCACUGGUUAAACAACGGCUAACAGGGCAAGGACCUUUCCUCUACCUUGAGAACAUGAGAUGAAGAGGUAGACCCCCAGCCAUGCUCAGGGUUAUGCAGUAGAGAAGAUUGUACCUCUUCCUGUUGAGUUCACUUGGAAUGCUACCUGCAUCAGGAAGCUCAGAGCUGAACAUUUGCCUUGUCAGAAAAUGUCUCCAUUUAGCUUUGAAGUUCGGCAUCCUUCGUGUUACCACAAAGCUCAGCCAUUGUAUCAAAAGUCAAUGAAAUUUUUAGAAAGCAAACAUGAUAUCUCUUGUGCAACCUCCUUUCUGUCAUUUAUUUAAAGGAUAUACCCUUCAUGUCGAGGAAACUCUGGAAAAAAUCCUUAAUGGGUAUUUCUAAACAAACCUUUUUUUUUUUUCUUACACGCUUGCUACAGAGUAAAACCCUAUUAUAGAAAUUCCUUCAAAGAAUUAUUUUGCAUAGUUAAAUAUUUUCUGAAUCUCAGCCUUUGGUCCAUAGAGGUCCCUUUUUUGGUUUGAGAUAUAACAAAUGCUCUCAAAUAUGGUUUACUCCAAUUUCUAUCUCCAUAGUAAGCACUCUGUUAAUAAUUUUUUUAAAAAAAAUAGAAAGCUGUCACUGCAUUGUGGGCCGGACUAGCCGUGAAUUAUAUCUGGACUCUAUAACAUUUACUCAUUGGCCACCCAGCAGUUACCGUCCCUCUUUCCACCCCAAAUAUGAAACCACUGAACUCUGAAAAUACACAGUAAAUUCAUACAAACAUACAGGAAUUUGGAAGAAAAAAGGAUUGUGUAUAGAGAAUUUAAGGACUUAUAUGAUGGCUUCUUGAACAUUCACACACUUUUUCAGUUGCUAUUCCAGAGAGGCUGAGCGUAGCUUGUCUAGCUGUAUUCUUUAAGCUGUGGUUGUGUGAUAUAUAGCUAAAUAUUCUGUUUAACCUGAUUCCAAUUAUAACCAAAUAUCCUGUGUACCUGUUACACUUGUGAAUUCUCAGCUCUACUCUGUUGGGCACUUCACUGUUGUUUCAGUAUUAAUGGGCUCUAUUCCUUCCAUAUUUGGCCAUGAAAAGAAAUUAUUUUCAUUAUUAUCUUUGCAGUAUGUGUAAACUAAUAAUGAACAUUAGUGUAUUAACAUGCAA